GCUCUAGAGGGUUUUAUUGUUAGAAAAACAAAAUUAAAUCUCUACUAUGGCAAAAGGCAAUUAUUCUGCAGUGUCUGAGUUUAUCCUCUUGGGACUCACAGAUAAUCCAGAACUUCAAGCCACUCUCUUUGGUGUAUUCCUAGUAAUCUAUUUAGCUAGUGUCCUGGGUAAUCUUGGUUUGAUUGUGCUAAUUCAAGUCAGCCUGCAGCUUCAUACACCCAUGUAUUUUUUUCUCAGCCAUCUGGCUUUUAUUGAUUUUUCUUUUACGUCAUCUGUCACCCCAAACAUCUUGGUGAAUUUUCUCUGUGAAGUUAAAAGUAUAACAUUUUAUGCAUGUGCCAUUCAGGUGUGCUGUUUCAUCACAUUUGUAGUUUGUGAACAGUAUUUGCUUUCUAUCAUGGCCUAUGAUAGGUAUGUUGCUAUUUGCAAACCUUUACUCUAUGCCAUCCUCAUGCCUAAAAAACUCUGCAAUCGGAUCAUUGCUAGCACACAUGUUUAUGGAUUCAUUGUGGGUCUUGCACAGACAGUCGCAACAUUCCUCUUGUCUUUCUGUGGCUCCAAUAGGGUCAACCACUUCUAUUGUGAUGACGUUCCAUUGGUCAUGCUGGCUUGCUCUGACACUCAAGUCAAAGAGCUGAUGCUGUUAACCACUGCUGCGUUCAACACCCUUUGCUCUCUACUGAGCGCGAUCGUUUCUUAUGUCUUCAUCCUCUUUGCCAUUCUGAGGAUCCGUUCUGCGGAAGGAAGGCAAAAAGCCUUUUCUACCUGUGUUUCCCAUCUCACCUCCAUCACCAUAUUUUAUGCAACAAUCAUUUUUAUGUACCUCCUGGCCAAUUCAAGCCAUUCUCUGAACACAGAUAAAUUUGCUUCGGUGUUCUAUGUGGUAGUGAUUCCCAUGUUAAACCCAUUGAUCUAUAGCUUGAGGAAUCAGGAAGUAAAGAACGCACGGAAGAGAAUUAUAGAAAAGUUGCAUUUGGCUAUCAGAUAA